AAAAUGAUAAAUGAUCAAAAUAUAAUUAGGGCAGUGAAAAGAUGCAAACAUCGAUUGGUGGCAAAAAGUAUUGGGGAAUGUGAAGCACUGAAAAGCACUAUUAACAAUGAAGAAGCUGAAGACACAACAAGCGACGAGAUCGACAUUGAAAUAAAUAGCAAAGCGAGUGAUGUUCAUCAACAAAAGAGGAAGGGAAGCAAAGCACGAAAGAGGCGAUUGGAUCAUAAAUCCGAUAAUUCUGAAGAUGACAGUGUAAGUCAUUUUAAUAGCGAUUUGGACAGUUCUUCGGAGAUUUAUCCGAUCGACUAG